AUGUUUGUAAAUUGGGAGAUUUCCAAAAUAUUAACACUCAUAUUUUUAACAGUCAUUUCACUCUCAAUUUGUUGCAAAACACCAAAAAGUAAGUGUAUUGUUCUAAAAACUUUCUAGAACUAGAUAAAUGAAAGAUAAUUUCAGAUCAAGUGAAACAGAAAACCUCACAAAAACAGAAAAACAAAAAGAAAAAGAAGGGAAAAAAGAAAGGAUCAACAGGAAAAUCUGAAUUGAAUUCCUCGUUUGGAAAAGAAGUGGAUGGUCUUGCACCGUAUGAUAAAAGUUUGGAUGAUGAAGAAAGAUCGCAAUCUGAUAGAAGUCCGACAAAAAAAGUAGAAAGUCAACAAGGUCCACCCCAAAAGUUUGAUAAAGCGACAAGAGAUCGACAUAUGAAAUAUAUGAAAGAUAAAAUUGCGUCGGAAAAAGAAGAUGCGAAAUCAAGCAAAUUUAAGGUGAAAGGUCCAAUUCAUAUUCCGAAAGAAGCCACGAAAUACGAUGUUAGUUUCCAUCAGAGUACCGCAAGAUUUUGUUUUGUUUCGAAACAAGGCGAAACAUGAAACUGAGUUUUCUUGUAAGUGUCACUGAUUUUCAUGAAUUUCGAAACAAAAAUAGCACCACUCAAAAAAAUUCACAACACUUCACAAAUAAAAAAUGAUCAGACAAUGAAAAAGAUCAAAUUAGAAAAAUAUUAAAAACGUGACACGGUGCAGGCGUGACGUGUUUUCGAUGCAAAACAUUUUCAAAAAAUGAAAUGCUUCACGUAUUUUUUCAUAACACAUUUAAUUUCUCGAAAUGUGUCAAACCAAAAAAGAGUGACACAAAAAAAUGUUUCACGUUUUGAAAAAAUUAAUUGUGUGACACAUUAAAAUGUGUCACACAAUUUUUGUAUGACACAUUCAAUUUUUAAAAAUGUUUCAUUGGUUUUCAACGAAACAAAAAUUAUCAGCUGUUUCGUUUCGCCACAUUUUACAAUUUUAUGUAUUAGAGAAUUUGAUAGAAAAAGCGACCUGGAAGUGAAUUUGAACACAUUUUGAAAGGAUUAGUUUGUGAAGAUACUAUUUCACUUUUGAUAACUUAUGAAAUGGACCCGAAAAGUCGAGCCAAGUCAGAUUUUUUGAAAAAAAAAACUGACAAGGAAACCUUUCGGAACCGCCAAAAAAAUGAUAAUUUUUCCCAGCAAAAGUCCUCCACAAAAUUAGCUUCACCGCCAAAAUUUUCAAAAAUUCGGAAAUUUGAUUUUUUCUGAAAAAGUUGGUAUAGCUGAAAAUGAGGCUGAAAUGAAAACUUGAUUUUUUUUUUUUUGAAAAAUAGGUGUUUUUAUUUUCCACAUAAAAUCAAAUUUCCGAAUUUUUUGAAAAUUUUGGCGGUGAGGCUAAGAUUUUGUGGAGGACUUUAGGUUUCUGGAAAAACAAAUCUCACCCAAGAACCUGGAGCAGUAGCUGAAAAAUUGCCCACCUGGGUUCAUUUUUCAAAAUUACCCACCUAGUGAAAAUGUUUUUCUCGACUGAGUCUGGCCUUGAAAGCCCUUAGAUUUUUUGUCCACUUACAAGGUUAGGUUUUCCGAGAAAAAAUUGCCCACCUGGAAUAUCAGGUAUUGGGUGAGGUUUGCUGGGAAAAAUUAUCAUUUUUUUGGCGGUUCCGAAAGGUUUCCUUGUCAGUUUUUUUUUUCAAAAAAUCUGACUUGGCUCGACUUUUCGGGUCCAUUUCAUAAGUUAUCAAAAGUGAAAUAGUAUCUUCACAAACUAAUCCUUUCAAAAUGUGUUCAAAUUCACUUCCAGGUCGCUUUUUCUAUCAAAUUCUCUAAUACAUAAAAUUGUAAAAUGUGGCGAAACGAAACAGCUGAUAAUUUUUGUUUCGUUGAAAACCAAUGAAACAUUUUUAAAAAUUGAAUGUGUCAUACAAAAAUUGUGUGACACAUUUUAAUGUGUCACACAAUUAAUUUUUUCAAAACGUGAAACAUUUUUUUGUGUCACUCUUUUUUGGUUUGACACAUUUCGAGAAAUUAAAUGUGUUAUGAAAAAAUACGUGAAGCAUUUCAUUUUUUGAAAAUGUUUUGCAUCGAAAACACGUCACGCCUGCACCGUGUCACGUUUUUAAUAUUUUUCUAAUUUGAUCUUUUUCAUUGUCUGAUCAUUUUUAAUCGUUACACUCGUUGAAAAAUCAAAAAGUGACUCAGAUAGAAAGUGAAAACAUUGAAAUUUUGUAAAAUGUUCUGCUAAAACCAAGUGAAACUGUUUCACAAAAAUGUUUCGUUGCGGUACUCUGGUUUCCAUUAUCUUAAAUUCACCGCAAAAUUCGAAAUUCCCAUUUUCAGCUCGAAAAUCAACGAUGUGAAGCUCCGAACGAUAUUGUGCUCAAAAAAGUGUAUUUCGAUGAGAAACUCAAUGAGAGAUACAUAAUUGGAACUGACUAUGAUGAUAUUGAAUUGGAUGACACCACUGUUGCACAAUCAACAAUGCAACAAUCGACACAUGUUAGUGGUCGAGAUACUAUUCGAAAGAAAAAAGGGCCAUCGGGUAUCACUUUGGAUCAGACUUCGACUGUUGACACAAAAAUUAUGACUAUUCAAUGA